AUGAAAUUUUAUAUUUUAAAUAUAUUAUAUUUGCUCUUUCUUUUAGUGUUUUGCUCAGAAAAUUUAAUGAAUGAAAAAAUUAAAAAAAUUGUGAAUGAAGCCGAUGAAUGUUUACCGGAAGAUGUAGAAUUUAUGGAUAAUUAUACUCUAAAAUUAUAUUGGAUAUGGACAAAUAACUUUUUUAGAUAUUUAAGGGUUAAAAUGUAUAUUUAUGAAAAUGAUGAUAUUUAUAGAAAGAUUAUCAAAAAACAUAAGAAUAUGUUGGGAGCAUUUAAAGAUAAUUUUAUUAUUUAUAAUAACAGAUCCGAAUUUAUAAAAAAUGCAUUAACUAUUCUAUCAAGCGAAAAAACCUUAAAAAAAUUUAUAGAUUUAUAUGUACCUAUAAAAAAAGUGAAGUUUUUUCAAGAGUUAACAGAAACUUCAUUAUUAAAUCUUCUUUUAAAGGAAAAAACCAACUUAAUAAAUUCAUAUAAAAAAUAUUUAAUAUUUGAAGAAUUUCGUGAUGUUGCUAAUUCUAAAUAUUAUUAUCAUAAAAAAUUACUAGAAAAUAAAUGGGAUUCCAAAAUUGAUGACGCUCUACUUUUGGAUAAAAAAAAAAAAUAUAAUAAUGAUAAUGAUAAUAUAAAUAAUAAGCAGAUAAAAAAUGUUAUUACUUUUAAUAUUAAUGAAAUUCCUCAUUUAGAAGAAUCACAGUUUAAUUACUAUGAUAAUAAGAAAUGGAACAAAUAUUUACAUUAUGACUUAAAUAAUCCAAGAGAUUUAUCAAAUUAA